GCGCGAGGACGCGGAGAUCUUCCGGGGACGAAGGCGGGGCCAGCGGCGGGCGACGAGAGAAGCGGAAUCAGGAAGCGGCGGAAGGCGGAAGCAGGCAGGGACCGGGAGGGCCCAGGGACUGGGGAGCGGAAAAGCUUGGGAUGUGGUAAUGUCAACCAGACUUCUCAGAGCCCUGGCCGGAUCUCACUGUAUUUUAUCAAAAGCAUAUCAGUGCCAAAGACUCGUUCAUCGAACAGUAAAACCACUUAAGAAAUUUGAGACUGUAACAUGCAGCACCCUGACAAGAAGUCAGAACUCGUAUUUGUUCUUUCCUGGUCCAGCAGCUGAUGGUUUGAAUAAGUUCCGGGUCCUGGAAAUGAACCAGAAAAUAUCAAAUACAAGCACACGCUCUCCAUUAAACACUGUGCAUCGCCAAGAAGAAAAAGCACACCUUCCAACCAGGAAGUCUUUUGGUACUCACAGGAAAGUGACUCACAAACCAAGUCUGUUAGGUUCUAAGUGGUUUAUAAAAAUAUUAGAGAGGCAUUACUCAUCUAUAUCAACGGAAACACUUGUUCCUAAACAAGAUUUUCCCCAAAUUAAGAGACCACUAAAAGCAUCGAGGACCAGGCAGCCCUCCAGGACCAACCUCCCAAUUCUGUCUGUGAACGAGGACCUGAUGCACUGCACAGCAUUUGCAACAGCAGAUGAAUAUCAUCUUGGAAACCUCUCUCAAGAUCUGACCUCUCAUGGAUAUGUUGAAGUAACAAGCUUGCCUAGAGAUGCAGCAAAUAUUUUGGUGAUGGGUGUGGAAAAUUCUGCAAAAGAAGGUGAUCCUGGAACAAUAUUCUUCUUCAGGGAAGGAGCUGCUGUGUUUUGGAACGUGAAAGACAAAACUAUGAAACAUGUGAUGCAAGUUCUAGAAAAACAUGAAAUUCAGCCCUAUGAAAUUGCACUGGUACACUGGGAAAAUGAAGAGCUUAACUACAUAAAAACAGAAGGACCGUCAAAACUUCACAGAGGGGAGAUCAAGUUAAAUUCAGAGCUAGACUUAGAUGACGCCAUUCUAGAGAAAUUUGCUUUCUCAAAUGCUCUUUGCCUUUCAGUGAAACUGGCUAUUUGGGAAGCAUCACUGGAUAAAUUUGUGGAAUCUAUUCAGUCAAUUCCAGAGGCUUUAAAAGCUGGGAAGAAAGUGAAACUCUCUCAUGAAGAAGUUAUGCAGAAAAUGGGUGAACUCUUUGCCCUAAGACACCGUAUAAACUUGAGUUCAGACUUCUUGAUCACUCCGGAUUUCUACUGGGACAGAGAAAACCUGGAAGGACUUUACGAUAAAACUUGUCAGUUCCUUAGCAUUGCUCGUAGAGUUAAGGUCAUGAAUGAAAAACUGCAGCACUGCAUGGAGCUGACGGAUCUGAUGCGGAAUCACCUGACAGAGAAGAGGGCGCUCCGCUUGGAGUGGAUGAUCGUCAUCCUUAUCACCAUCGAGGUAAUGUUUGAGCUGGGACGAGUGUUUUUUCUGAUCAAGUGAUGACCACAGGACAAGUGUCAUUGCAAGAGAUAAUCUACAAUCAAAAAUAAAUGCUCACUAUUGGGGGAUCUCUUUAUUUAAUAGGUACUUAAUUUUUUUAAAUCAACAAGUGGUUAUAAUGAUUUUUCAGCUCCUAAAUGUAUUGCUGCUUGAAUAAAAAUUAUGAA